AUGGUGGAUUUGUGUUGAGAAAAAAUAGACCUAAAACAAAGUAAGCUAUUUAUUUAUAGAGCAUUAGCAAGCAUUCAUUUAUCUCGGACAUUUGAAUAUUAUAUAUCCAUCCGAUUGAAAAGAUGCCGUGUAUAAAGCUACAGAGCUCUGAUGGAGAAAUAUUUGAGGUGGAUGUGGAGAUUGCCAAACAGUCAGUUACUAUUAAAACUAUGUUAGAAGAUCUUGGCAUGGAUGAAGAUGAAGAAGAACCUGUACCAUUACCCAAUGUUAAUGCUGCCAUAUUAAAGAAAGUGAUACAGUGGUGUACCUACCAUAAAGAUGACCCCCCACCACCAGAAGAUGAUGAAAACAAGGAGAAGAGAACUGAUGAUAUUUGCUCCUGGGAUGCUGAAUUUCUCAAAGUUGAUCAGGGAACCCUUUUUGAACUCAUCUUAGCUGCCAACUAUUUGGAUAUUAAAGGUCUGUUAGAUGUUACCUGUAAAACUGUAGCCAAUAUGAUCAAAGGCAAAUCACCUGAAGAAAUUCGUAAAACCUUUAACAUCAAAAAUGAUUUCACACCAGCUGAAGAAGAACAGGUGAGAAAGGAAAAUGAAUGGUGUGAAGAAAAGUGAACAUAAUUGAAUUUUUUAAAUGUUUCAAAAUGACUAAUAUUUUUUGCUGAAAAUGGCAAAUUGUAUCUCUUCUGACAUUUAAUUUAUUGUUUCUGUAGCUCUUAAAAUUAUAAGCAGAUGUUUAUCAUCAAUUCAAACAUUUAUCUUUAGAUCAGUUUCAAGCCUUGAUAAUUCAGUAGUCAAGUUGGAAUCUUUUUGAUUUUAGAAUUUUAAAAACAUAGCUUAUGUUCUUUGUAAUGUGUAAAUAUUUAUGUGUGUCAGAAUUAAAAUGUUAAUUGGA